AUGAUGAAUUUUUCCCUGGAUCCACUGAACCUGAGCUCCGCUGACCCAUCAAACGCAUCUGCUCCCUUCUGCCUGCUGGAGAUAGGCUAUUCCCAGAUUUUCACCACCUGCCUCCUUGAAGUGUCUAUCAUACUCCUCCUCACUGUUCUCAUUAUUUCUGGCAAUCUGGUGGUGAUUUUUGUGUUUCACUGUGCCCCCUUGCUGAGCCAGCACACCACCAGUGCUUUCAUCCAGACUAUGGCGUAUGCUGAUCUGCUGGUGGGGGUCAGCUGCCUGUUCCCCUCCCUGUCCCUCCUCCAUCACCUGCAGGGCCUCGACCCCAAACUCACCUGCCAGGUGUUCGGGUACAUGGUGUCUGUUUUGAAGUCCGUUUCAAUGGUGUCGUUGGCGUGUGUCAGUGUGGACCGCUACGUCGCCAUCACACGACCUCUGACUUACGCCUCCGUCGUAACACCUUGUCGAGUGCGCUGCUGCAUCAUUCUGAUAUGGCUUUAUUCUGCGCUGGUGUUUCUCCCAUCUUUUCUUGGGUGGGGUAAACCUGGUUACCAUGGCGAUGUGGUGGAGUGGUGUGCAGUCGAAUGGAGGACUAGUCCGGCUUUUACAAGCUUCAUUGUUGCGCUGCUCUAUGCCCCAGCAGCUCUCACCGUCUGCUUCACCUAUGCCAAUAUCUUCAAGAUCUGCCGACAGCACACCCGGGAGAUCAGCGAGCGCCAAGCGCGUUACCGGCCCCAACAGCUGCAGGGCCCAGGACUGACUGUGGGAUCUGUGGUCAAGGACAACAGCCCAGCAGAACAUGGGCAGUUCCCCCACUUGUCCCAACCACAGAACGUCCAACACCACCAACCGCAGUAUCAGGAGCCCACAUCAACAUACCCAGACAAGCGAUACGCUAUGGUACUGUUCCGCAUUACAAGUGUGUUUUAUAUCCUGUGGUUGCCCUACAUUCUUUACUUUCUGCUGGAGAGUGGAGGGAUCUACCACCACCCUGCAGCAUCCUUCCUCACCACAUGGCUGGCCAUCAGCAACAGCUUCUGCAACUGUCUCAUCUACAGCCUCUCCAACUCUGCCUUCAGGAAAGGCCUCAAACGCCUCUGCUCCUUCUGUUUACAGCGCAGGAGCAACGGCUUUGGGGUUAGCAACACCAAAAAGACUUUUGUCGGCUCCGUUGAAAAGGGAUGUGCGGGGUCAGGGUAUGGAUACGGCCACGGCGAAAUCAUAAUCGGCACAACAUGUCAUGUGUAG